GUGUGGUGAAGGAAGGCCAACAUUGAAGAGAUAAGAUUAUAGUGAAAAACUAAACAUAAUAAAGUCCCUCAUAACAUUCUUCGACUUGCUUCAUUGAUUAGCCCAAAGAUAAACAUAACCAAAAAGAAAAAUGGCUUCUGCUUCCGCUACUCUCCUCAAGUCUUCACCUAUUAUUGACAAGUCCGAGUGGAUUAAGGGUCAAAACCUCCGCCACCCUUCGGUUUGUUUUGUACAGUGCAACCCUACAUCGGCCGCCUUUACCGUCCGUGCUAGUUCAUAUGCCGAUGAGCUAGUUAAGACCGCGAAAACUGUUGCAUCUCCAGGUCGUGGUAUUUUGGCCAUGGAUGAAUCAAAUGCUACAUGUGGGAAACGGCUUGCCUCGAUUGGUCUCGAGAAUACAGAGGCAAACCGGCAAGCUUACCGUACCCUUCUCGUGUCUGCCCCUGGCCUCGGUGACUACAUCUCGGGAGCUAUCCUUUUCGAGGAGACUCUCUACCAAUCUACCAUCGAUGGGAAAAAGAUGGUUGAUGUUCUUGUUGAGCAAAAGAUUGUCCCUGGUAUCAAAGUUGACAAGGGUUUGGUUCCACUCCCUGGUUCCAACAACGAGUCAUGGUGCCAAGGUCUUGACGGUCUUUCAUCCCGCACAGCUGCCUACUACCAGCAGGGUGCUCGUUUCGCCAAAUGGCGUACUGUUGUGAGCAUUCCAAAUGGUCCAUCUGCCUUGGCAGUUAAAGAAGCAGCUUGGGGACUUGCUCGCUAUGCCGCCAUUUCUCAAGACAGUGGACUGGUCCCGAUUGUGGAGCCGGAAAUCUUGCUUGAUGGUGACCAUGGAAUUGAUAGGACUUUCGAAGUAGCGCAGAAGGUUUGGGCUGAGGUUUUCUUCUACCUUGCUGAGAACAAUGUCAUGUUUGAGGGCAUCCUUCUCAAGCCCAGCAUGGUCACUCCUGGUGCUGAAUGCAAAGACAAGGCCACCCCACAGCAAGUUGCUGAUUACACCCUCAAGCUCCUCCACAGGAGAAUCCCCCCAGCUGUCCCUGGAAUCAUGUUCUUGUCUGGCGGACAGUCCGAGGUUGAAGCAACCCUCAACUUGAACGCAAUGAACCAAUCUCCAAACCCAUGGCACGUCUCGUUCUCGUAUGCCAGAGCUCUCCAGAACACUUGCUUGAAGACAUGGGGAGGCAGACCUGAGAACGUUAAGGCUGCUCAGGAUUCACUUCUUGUCCGUGCCAAGGCCAACUCACUUGCUCAGCUCGGCAAAUACACCGGCGAGGGAGAAUCAGAGGAGGCCAAGAAAGGAAUGUUCGUAAAGGGAUAUGUCUAUUAAGCUGCUGCAAACAAAGCUUAGCGGAGAUGAUGGAGAUUUCAUGAUAUGGUUUCUCUUUCAUUCUCAUUGUGUUUAAUGUUCUAUAGACCCUGGAGACUAGUUUUUGUUCUGGAUUGCAAUGUACUGUUAGUUAACAAACUUCUUGCCGAUGAGGUUACUCAUAAAUGGCAUCAUCACAAAUACUAAAACAUGCUUGAAUCUGCAUUUUCGUGAUAAAAAAAAAUUAGAGUAGACUGAUAUGAUUAACUUCCGGAUUAUCAUUUCUCAAUCCUGCUCGACGUUGUUCUAAACUGUCUGCUUGGAAAUGUUGGACUGGAAAAACAAGUUUAAGCAAAAAUAUUAGGCGAAUUGGACGUGA